AUGGAAUCUCCUAUGGGCGAACAUGGCGUCUUCAAGCCUGCACCCGCGGCACAGUCUCAGGACAAACCGGGGUUGGAGAGCAUAAUGGCAGAGCCCAGUGAGUCGACUAAACUCGAGGGCCUUCACGGCUUUGCCGAAUAUGCGGGUUCUGGAAAGCUGAAGGGCAAAAACGCUCUAAUCACUGGCGGAGACUCUGGUAUUGGACGGUCAGUUGCUAUUUUAAUGUCUAGAGAGGGUGCGGAUAUUACGAUCGUUUAUUUGCCCUCAGAACAGCCAGACGCAGAGGCAACCAAAAAGUCUGUUGAGCAAGAGAAGAGGGCUUGCCUUCUUAUCCCAGGUGAUUUGAGAGAUCGCAACCAGUGUCGUCACGCAGUGGAUGAACAUGUGAAGAAAUACGGCACGAUCAAUAUACUUGUGAAUAAUGCGUCGAAACAGUACCUAUGUACGGAAUUUGAAAACAUCGAUCUGGAUAAGACCGAAGACAUCUUCAGAACCAAUAUCGUCCAAAUGAUUGCGAUGGCGAAGUUUUCUCUUCCUCAUAUGACACGAGGCGAUUCGAUCAUCAAUACUUCUUCGGUUGUGACUUUCCGUGGUUCGGGUACUAUGAUUGAUUAUGCUGCAACCAAGGGAGCUAUCAUUGGUUUUACUAGGUCUUUGGCAACAUACUUGAUUCCUAAGGGUAUUCGGGUCAAUGCAGUCGCUCCAGGUGCAAUCUAUACACCAAUCCAAGUCGACACCCGAGAUGCCGAACAGAUGGAAGGAUGGGGUCACAAGGCUGGUCUUGGCCGACCAGGCGAGCCUAGUGAGGUUGCAACAAGCUUCGUCUUCUUGGCUAGCGCGGAUGCUUCUCUAUACUAUGGGCAAGUGCUGCACUGUUACCCGCUUGGUGACUAA